AUGGCCACCACUACUGAAGACCUUCCAUCCUCAGAGAUGGUCACCGAGGAAGAACUUCGACUCACACUCAAGCAAUACAUCGACAUCGCUACCGGGGGCCGGGAUCCAGCUUCUGGCUACAUGCGCACAGAUGUUGUGUUCGUUCUCGACUGCUGUUACGCGCAUCUUGCUGCGCGAGAUGUGGCUCGCAGUACUCGCAAAGUUGAGAUAAUCGCUGCGAGCGAUGACAAUACGCCAUUUGCCUUGGGACCACCCGCCAGCAGCGUUUCUCGCAAGCUACGCUGCGAGAUCGAGCGCCGUAAGCGAGAUUGCCAUGAAUGCAUGAUUCUGGCAGACGCAAUGGCGACAAUUCGAAAUGAGAGCACUGUGGUCAAGCCAAGUCACCAGGUCAAACUGGGUGUCUCUGUCCGCCUGAAUUUCCCUGGCAGGGCUGAGGUAAAUCCGUCCAAUCUCCUGCCUCGGGUCCACACUCUUGUUAGUAUCCAUAUUGCAGGAUUAGUUGACGACAAGGAAGUCCAGGACCUGGUCUCGUGGUUGGAAAGCAUGCCUGGCAUGUACAGAAUUUCCGUGGACGCUGUCUAUCCUGCGCAUUCGAGAAUUCUCAUCCUUCGCAUGGGAUACGUGGUGUACGCAAAUCUGGCCCGACUCCCUGGUGUUAAGUUCAUUGCGGAUCUGAUCGACUAA